AUGAACGGCACCACUAAAGCUCCCGAUGCUUCCUCGGCCCCCAACCAGUCGCAGCUGACGCCCGAGUUGAUGCCGGGUCUGACGCCGUCGCAGCAAGUCCCUGCCCAUAAUGGUGCAGGGUGGGAAUUUCUCCAGGGGAUGAACAUCACCCUGCAGGGUCAUUGCGAGUGCCUGGGUAGACAAAUGCAGACCUGGAAGGGCUCGUACUCCCUGUCGCAGCUUGAAGAAAAUAAGAAGAAGCGCAAACGUGAUGGGCAGCGCCGGAAGAACAGAAAGCUCGAACAUCGGCAGAAAGAGCAGCAGCAGCAGCAGCAACAACAGCAGCAGCAGCAACAGCAGCAGCAGCAACAGCAACAGCAGCAGCAGCAACAGCAGCAACAGCAACAAGAAGAUGAAUUGCUGCAACUCCUGCAACAACAACUGCUGCAAUACCAGCAGCUGCAACAACAACAACUUCAGGUCCAGCAGCUCCAGGCCCAGCAGCAGUCUCAACCACAGUCUCAACCACAGUCUCAGCUUCAGACCCUGUCCCAGUCCCAGCACCAGUCCCCCCAGUCUGCCCAGUCCCAGGGUGCAGACCACUGGAGCGACCUGGAUUGGCUCGUAAAUGCCAAUCUCGGGACCGCCGCCAUAGGACAAGGGCAGAUCGACCUGUUGUUCGACGAAAUGGAUGGGUCCGACAACACGCAACAAGAGCAAGCCCAGGCCUUCGACGAGAUGAUCACGUCGAGCGUUCCUCCUCCCAACGUUGACGCUCCAGAGCCAUGGGUUCCUCCACCGCCUACAACCUUCGAGGAUGUGUAUCGCCAACAAGAUAAGGAAGGUGGCGUUGAACUCGGCCCUUAUUCUGCCAUGUUGUCUGAAUGGGAGCAUUCAAUGAGCGGUCGUAGCUAA